AGGAGGUCUGGACCCCAMAGGUUUCAGAACCGCUGCUUUAACUGAGCCCAUCUGUUCAGGACCAACACAUCACCACUUCAUAGGAAAUGUUCACUCCUUCAUUCACUACAUCUGACCUCACUCUGGAUGUUUCUGCAGACCUGGAACAUGAUUCCAGUUCAGGUUUCAGGUUUUAAAUGUUGUUAAUAAAGUCAGAAGUUCUSCAGAAGGUUCUGGAUCAGCCAGCAGACAUCAGAAGGUCAUGAAGAAGUGAAGGAGAGAACAAUUCAAACCCAGAUGGUUCCUGCUGGAUCAGGUUCCUCUGAUCCUCUGAACACAUGAUGGGAUCAACUUUCUGCUGACUGGAUCACUGGGAACUGACUGGUUCUGGUUUCUCUUUCAGACUCACUGAUAUCCAGAAGAUGGAAGAUUUGGACCUAAAGVAGGACAGAGCAGAACCUGCAAAAUCCAUCUGUCCAUCCAUGAGAAGUGACUUUUCCAAGGGACACAAUCCAAACUUCAGUACUGAACCAGAACCAUCAGAAGGUCAGAACCUCAGACUGAGAGCAGAACCUCCAGGAUCCAUCUGUCCAUCCAUGAGAAGUGACUUUUCCAAGGGACACAAUCCAAACUUCAGUACUGAACCAGAACCAUCAGAGUCUACCAGCUGUGGACACUGGUUCUGCAGACAAUGCAUCAGGUCCUACUGGGACCAGUCUGCUCCAUCUGGACCCUCCUCCUGCCCCCAGUGUGGAGAAAGACCCAGAACAGGAGCUGGACUGCUGACAGCCAAUCAGAGCAGCUGUGCUCCAGAUGUUGUUCUGCAGCAGGUUCUGGAGGAACAAAAGAUCUGUCUGAGGAGGAAAUGUGAAUGUGUGACUGAAGGAAGUGAUGAAACAGGAAGUGAUGUAACAGGAAGUAGAACUCUCCUCAACAGGAUCUACACUGAUCUCUACAUCACAGAGGGUCAGAGUGAAGAGGUUAACACCCAGCAUGAGGUGAAGCAGCUGGAGAGAGCUUCCAAUAUCCAGAACCUCCAUGACUCUCCCAUCAGGUGCCAUGACAUCUUUAAAUCCUUCCCUGACCAACAUGGAGCCAUCAGAGUGGUUCUGACCAACGGCGUCGCUGGUGUUGGAAAAACCUUCUCAGURCAGAARUUCACUCUGGACUGGGCCGAGGGCKUGGAGAACCAGGAUGUCAGUGUGGUGGUUCUGCUKUCGUUCAGGGAGYUGAACCUGAUCAGAGAUGAGCAGCACAGUCUUCUCACGCUGCUCCAUGUUUUCCAUCCAACACUCCAGAAGCUCCCAGCAGAGCAGCUGGCUGGCUGCACACUGCUCUUCAUCUUUGAUGGCCUGGAUGAAAGCAGACUUUCACUGGACUUCAACAACAGGCAGCUGGUUUCUGACAUCACACAGAAGUCAUCAGUAAACGUACUGCUGACAAACCUCAUCAAGGGGAACCUGCUUCCCUCGACUCUCAUCUGGAUAACUACCAGACCUGCAGCGGCCAAUCAGAUCCCUCCUUCAUGUGUUUCCAGGGUAACAGAAGUACGAGGUUUCACCGACGCCCAGAAGGAGGAGUACUUCAGGAGAAGGUUCAGUGAUGAAGAGCUGUCCAGCAGAAUCAUUUCCCACAUCCAGACCUGCAGGAACCUCCACAUCAUGUGCGGAAUCCCAGUCUUCUGCUGGAUGACUGCUACAGUUCUGGAGAACAUGUUGAGCUCAGGGCAGAGAGGAGAGCUGCCCAAGACCAUGACUGACAUGUACUCACACUUCCUGCUGGUCCAGACAAAGAGAAAGAAGAACAAGUACCAUGGAGAACAUGAGACAAGUCCACAGGAGCUGAUGGAGGCUGACAGGGAAGUUUUUCUGAAGCUGGGGAGGCUGGCAUUUGAACAUCUGGAGAAAGGAGACAUCAUGUUCUAUCAAGAAGACCUGGAGCAGUGUGGUCUGGAUGUCACAGAGGCAUCAGUGUACUCAGGAGUUUGUACAGAGAUCUUCAAAAGCGAGAGUCUGAUCUUCCAGAAACCAGUUUACUGCUUUGUUCAUCUGAGCAUCCAGGAGUUUCUGGCUGCAGUUUACAUGUUCCACUGUUUCACCAGCAGGAAUACAGAAGUGAUGGAGAAGUUCCUGGGAGAAACAUACAGUAAAAGAUCUCUGGAGGAUUUUAUGAACAGAGUUAUGUCUAAAUCCUUCAGCAGUAAAAAUGGCCACCUGGACCUGUUUGUUCGCUUCCUUCAUGGUCUCACUCUGAAGUCCAACCAGAGUCUGUUAGGAGGCCUGCUGGGUCAGACAGAGAUCAGUCCAGAAACCAUCCAGAGAAUCAUCAACAAUCUGAAGGAGAUGAACACUGAUAGAGUCUCUCCUGACAGAAGCAUCAACAUCUUCCACUGCCUGGUGGAGAUGAACGAGCUCUCAGUUUAUCAGGAGAUUCAACAGUUCCUGGAAUCAGAGAACAGAUCAGGGAAUAAACUGUCAGAGAUCCAGUGUUCAGCUCUGGCCUUCAUGCUGCAAAUGUCAGAGGUUCUGGAUGAGUUGGACCUGGAGAAGUACAACACAUCAGAAUCGGGGCGACAGAGACUGGUUCCAGCUGUGAGGAACUGCAGAAAGGCUCGACUUGGUGGCUGUUGGCUCAGAGAGGCUGAAUGUGAAGUUGUGGCUUCAGCUCUGAAGUCCAACCAACAUCUGACUGAACUGGAAAUAAGUGAGAUCUACAUAAAUAGAAACAUUACAGACUUUGAACUGAAUCCUGUGUUUGAGAUCCUGCAGAAUUCAGUCAGUAAAGUGAAGAAUCUGAGAUUGAAGGGCUGCAGUUUGUCAGAGAUCAGCUGUUCUUCUCUGGCCUCAGCUCUGAAGUCCAACCAACAUCUGAUUGAACUGAACCUGAGUGACAACAACCUGAAAGAUUCUGGAGUGAAGGAGCUCUGUGGUUUUCUACAGGAUCCUGAGUGCAGAUUGCAACGAUUAAAGUUGAUCGGCUGCAGUUUGUCAGAGAUCAGCUGUUCUUCUCUGGCCUCAGCUCUGAAGUCCAACCAACAUCUGACUGAACUGAACCUGAGCUACAACAAGAACCUGAAAGAUUCUGGAGUGAAGGAGCUCUGUGGUUUACUACAGAAUCCUGAAUGCAGAAUACAAACAUUAAUAUUGUGGGAAUGUAGUUUGUCAGAGAUCAGCUGUUCUUCUCUGGCCUCAGCUCUGAAGUCCAACCAACAUCUGACUGAACUGAACCUGAGAGGAAACAACCUGAGAGAUUCUGGAGUGAAGGAGCUCUGUGGUUUUCUACAGGAUCCUGAAUGCAGAUUAAAACGAUUAUCAUUGGAGAACUGCAGUUUGUCAGAGAUCAGCUGUUCUUCUCUGGCCUCAGCUCUGAAGUCCAACCAACAUCUGACUGAACUGGACCUGAGAGGAAACAACCUGAAAGAUUCAGACGUUCAGCAGCUGAAACAUUUUGUAAAGGAUGUAAAGAUCUGAUCUCUGUAAAGAAGAGAAUCGUCUCUGUUUCCUGCUGAUCCUCAGAAGAUGCAGCAGUUUGAGUCUAAAGAGACUCUGACUGGAUCAUGAUGACCUUUGACCUGAAUGGUCAAAGGUCAUCAUGACCAUU